UAGCUGUUCUUCACCAGUGUUCCUUUAAGUUGCCGGAGGCUAAAGUUAACUCGUGGAAUCUAAAUCUUCCUCUUAACAUCAAUGUUUACAGCAAAAUUAGGUUUGUUUUUUUUGCUGUUAAACAACCUCAAUUCCUAUACAUUUAUUGAGUGAGUUACUACUGGAAUAAUAGGCCUGCUUCCUUGCACACUACACAGCAUGUUAACAUUAAUUAAAUGCAAAGACAGCGGUUGAGACUCCAGUGAUAAAGGGCAGGAUCUCCAACUGCACCGCAAUCCAGCUCAUCAUACGCUUUGAGUAUUUCGCUUUUAUACUCGUUCGGGGCCGUUGUCACUGAAGCCCCGCCUACUCGUGAUCCGUACAAAAAGAAGCUAAUCCUGUUGAAUUCUUUGAUUGUUUGAAAAGUACUGGCCAAGGGAAGGCAUGCUACUGAGUGUCUAAGCUUUUGAUUCUCCACGGAAUUAUUGAAGGAGAAACUAAUGUAGGCCUACGAAAACUAACCAGAUAACAAACAAAAUUAAGUGAAUGUUUUGUCUUGGUGAAUUCAGCUUAAUAAUAGUUGUAAUAGCAAAGGGAAGAUCAUUUGGCAACUAGGAGAAAACGAAGAUAAACUAACGUUAGUAUUCUGGAGGAGGAUAUGCAUUUGAAAAUGGAAAUUGAGAUUCCAUUGUCACGAUUGUUCCUGUACACUGUCAUUCUGUUGCACUGUCUGAAGCACACAUUGUGUAUGCCACAUAGCUUGGAUAAAUCAGAAAUUGUAACUGAUGUAUUAACCAGAAGGACGGUAGUGGAAAGUGAAUUAGCAUCAACCACUCUUGCAACAGUAGCGCCUGCCACCUUGGAGCAGCGCACAGAACUUCUAAACAAAGUUAAAUCGAGUAGUAAAAAAACGAAAGGAGCGAUACCGGAGGAGGAUAGUAAACCAUCUAUUUCUUCAACGACGCCUAUUGAAAAUAUUUCUGAAUUACGGAUGGGAACAGAACCCAGAAUCAGGCAUUCGCAUUCAGCAAGGUCAGCAGCCAAGAACAAGAGGAAACCAAAUAAUUACCAAAAACCGACAAAAAUUAAACAAAUAUACUCAAAAUGGAAGAUCUUUUUGUCUAUCGAUAAGGAUGGUAAAGUUUUCGGAACAGAUUCAAAACAUGACCCCAAUACCAUCUUUGAAAUAUCACGAGCGCCGUCGAUGAAUACUAUGGUGUUACUGAAAGGCCAGGCAUCUAAGCUCUACUUAUGUAUUAAUUCAACUGGAGAUUUACACGGCAUGAGAAUGCCAUUAAGAGAAUGCUACUUCCAAGAAAACAUUGGUAAUGACGGGUGGACAUCGUUUUCAUCUUGCAAGUACCCCCAGACGAGCACGCUUUGUAGAAGUAGGCAUGCCACCAAAAGGAAAACUUUAGGGUGGAUGGUAGCGUUAAACAAAGAUGGUACCCCGAAAAAUGCUACAACCGCAUGGCGUACGAAAAAGAGAAGCACGAGAUUUCUCAAAACAGACGUUCCCGUGGAUACAUCAACAUCACGAUGAGAGAAGUAAAUACAGACGUGUAUCAAACAUCCUAAACAUUCCUGUCCACGAACAAAACUUGCGUGACGUUCCAUCAAAAUUUAUUUUGAGACUCGUGUUUUCUCGUCGUGGUUACGUUUACUGUCGCCAAUUCGUGAAAAACGCAAUGAGGAUACAAGGAGUGACGCGACUAGCUUCGGUGACAACCAUAAUUAGCGACUGGAGUCUUUCGCAGAAGGUAUUUGGAAGCAAACGUUUAUGGUACGGUUAGAUCGGUGCCUUUUAUAUGUGUAAUUUGGAUCGUUCUUUAUCAACUUAGAGCUUUUUUUCAUCAAAGGCAAGCUCUAGGGGGUGGUACAUUCGUGUUAGUGAUGUAAUAGCAUUGUUGGAUAAUAAGAAAACAGUUCAUUGUCUAUAGACGUUGUCUCUAUGGUGGUGGUCUUGAGUAAAAUCAUCUGUUAUUCGUGCUAGCGCGUGUGUAUUUUCCUACUGUUCACUAAAGAAGAAAACUGAAUGAAAGACCAAGCGGUAAUGUUAGAUUAGUCUCAAAAUCACAAAUGCAAUGAUGUGCUAUCAAAGUAGGCUAAUUGCUAUCUCAUUCAUGGAUUAGAUUUGCUAUUGAAAAAUAAUGUGGAAACUGCAGGGAUGUUAUUGAGUGGGUAAUUUUACGCUUAAAAUAUGCGAACGAUGUACAAGGAGUAUCUCAUACGUAAACUGAAAUGAUGAAAAAGUGUAUACGUGUUGUGACAAGAUUUACCAAAGAUUAUGGUCUCCAAAGUUAUAACCUACCGUAAUUUUGGGCGUUUUAUUUUAUAAAGGUUCGUGCCUUUUGACUUACUGUGUCCUUGCUUAAGCCGGACACUCACUGCGUCCGUCGCACGACGAAUCACAUUUGCUUCCGGCGCAACGCCGUCUGCUAAGUGGCAAUCUGAGCGGAUCCUCAUUAAAAAGACGAUCUGUUGGGUCCGCGUUUUCGCGUGCGUUCUUCGUCGCGUUGCCGUCGCACGCAGUGAGUAACCGGCUUAAACGUCUAGAUAUAUAGACAUUAUGCUUCUUCGUUAGUUUUGGAAUAUCGGAACUGCCGGCAACUCUGCUGUAAAUUCUUUAUUAAAAUGUCGGCUGGUGUUUCCAGCAAAACUUACAGAUUAUAUAAGCCUAAAACCGGACACUCACUGCAUCGUAGGCGGUCGUACGACCGUCAGCCGACGAAUCCAACUCCGCACCCUAGCCUGUGAGCGCUGAAGCCGUCUGCUGAUUGUCGGCGGCACUCUGAACAGUCAUUAAAAACGAUCCGUUGCGCGCCCGUCGUUGUGUUCUCUAUAGAAUCGCGUCGGACAUAGUGAGUGAGCGGCUUAUAUUUAGUUUCAGUAUAUAAAAGUAAAAAAAGCCACUACUUGCGGUAGUAAAAUUGAUUUUACAUUUUUUGUAUUUGUGGCGCUACCACAGUAUUUAAAUGACGUACAUUGCAAAUAUUAUGUAAGCAAAUUGCUUGAUGAAAUCGUAUUUAGACCAGGUUUCUCUGUGAGGAAUUCAUUAUUCAUCUGUAUAUUAACCAUCGCGUCACCUAUUGAUUCUUAAUAUAAUAAAAUCAUUAUAAAACUUACGAUCUAAAUUAAAGUAUUAGUGUGGCUAAUCACAAUGACUCACUCAGCGUGAUAUUUGCAAUCUCAUCUUGAUAUGUUAGUAGUACAGUAUAUAUACAUUUUAUAAUUAGUGUUUAUAGUGUUAUUGUCAUAUAAUAAAUACGUUAUAUCAUUGACUUCUAUAAGAUCAUAGUACAGUCAAAAACUGUUAUAUACUUGUUUAAAGCUAAAUCAUUAUUAAUAUUUGUAUGCAAUAUUCCGAUAUUUUAAAUUUGUUUAUGAAUAACGUACUUAAUUUUAUUUUUUGCAUUCGAAAACGUAGGGCUGUGAUGUCCUUCGUCGCGUAGCUUUAAUUAACGAUUUUAUGUUUAUCUUAAGUUCUUUUAUAGCAGUUACGAUGGCAAAGGGCACAUCUGGAUAAAAAAGUAACUUAUGUUUAUAUUUAAUUAGAAAAAUUAAUUCUUUAUAAUGACGUCACAUUUUUUUUGGUUAAUUUUCCGGAGGGGUGUAAGUUAACAGUAUUAUGGAAAUUUUAAUCGUGUCCAACGAAAAUUACAAAGAUGAAAUUCUUAUUUUUUUCAGCCAGUGAUAAAUAUGUAUGCAAAUAUUUGCAACAAUCACUCUAGGCCUACGCGCCUUAAUAUACAAUAGCUAGGACUAUCUCAUGUAGGUAAUGAACAGCAAGGCCACUAAAGGGGAAAUAAUUAGUCAAAUAUGAGAUUUCCAUGUGUACUUGUCUGAUAAUUUCGCUGCCGCAAUUACAUCGAAGUCACUAGGAAUACGGCAACACACUUUGACACGUUAGUACCUUAUCAUUAAAUAUCAGUCAACAAUAUAAAAUGUUAGGCGUGUUGCUAGGCCAUAUGGGCCUAUUCCUGAUUACGUGUCACAUAAUGUGAAAGAAAUUCGCCUUGAAAGUGUUCUAAUAUUGUAAUGUUUUCAAAUGUGUACAGAGCGGCCUUUGUGCGUAGCAAAGGCAUAUUUAUUAUUAUUGAGUAAAUAUUUAUGGGAUAUAUUUUUAUGAGAUAUUUUUGUACGUAAGUUAAUUUAUUACAAAAGUUGAAUGAAACCUGCGUGGUUAGCAAUGGCUGUGCUGGUGGUCGUAUGUGCGGGCGUAUGUGUUGUAAGUAGGCCUAAAGUUUGGUUCAGACUAGAAAUACUCCAGAUGCGAUGUUAAGCAAACACUAGAGAAGCGACACAAAUGCUAAAAAAAAAACGCUUGUAAAAAACAUAGACGCGUAAUUGCAUAAACGCAAAAUUCAACGUUUUCAAUAGUUGGCUAACGCCGCCAGCUGUCAAAACUAUUAUUUUGUUGCGAGUGGAAUGAGAAAAUAAUGUCAAGCCGGGCAUUUACUGCGUCGUACGACAGUCGACCAACGACCAACGAAUCAAACUCUGUUUUCAGACAGAGCUUGACGGCGGCGACGCCGUCUGCUCAUUUUCGGUAGCAGUCUUAAACACGAUCCGUUGCGCGCGCGUCGUGGCGUUGCUUUCUUUAUAAAUCGCGGCCGACGACAGUGAGUACCCGGCUUAUCAGUUGUGUCUUGUGUUUGCAUUGCGUCUGAAACGUUCUAGUGUGAACCAACCGUGUAGCAACUCGUUGUACUGCCUGCUACAAACGCAUGCAUACAUUAAAACAGAAAUCGAUGUAUCAAUGUA